GGACACGUUCGUGGGGGAGAAGGGGCUGCGCGCGCACAAGAAGAGAGCGCAUGCUAAGGUAUGUAGCGUGAGGGGGACGGCUAUAUCUCCGUCUCGUUCAACAGUUUAGUGUCCUCUCAGUAAGAUGACGUACUUGUCGCACAUACGCGUGCUGCACCCGGCGCAGUGCGCCGCGUGCGACGUGUGCGGGGACACGUUCGUGGGGGAGAAGGGGCUGCGCGCGCACAAGAAGAGAGCGCAUGCUAAGCAGCCUCAACAAUUCAAGUGUACUACUUGUUUAGCGAACUUCUAUAGUAUAACCGCGCUGAACAGACACACAGACACGGCCGCCGAGCACGGCGACCUGCGGCCGUGCGAGCAGUGCGGCGAGAACUGUGCGAGCGAGGACGCGCUACGGGAACAUGUCAAAGAUACACAUCCGAAGGAAACACAUCGGUGUGAGGAGUGUGACAUGACGUUCCCCGACGCGACGGCGUUCGACGUCCACAACCGCCGCAAGCACCUCGGCGAGCGCCCCAUCACCGCCCGCGGCCAACUGGCUGCGUACUCGAAGAAGUAUUACGCUCGUCGCCGCGACGCUCUACGCUCCGAUCCCGCUUCCGCUUCCGCGCCCGCCAGUCGCGCGCCGGGCAAGCUGUUCGUGUGUGAGCAGUGCGGUCGCGUCAUGAAGAAUGCGUACCUGCUCCGGCAACAUCAACAACAACACCAGGAAGUGAGGACGUUCGCGUGCAAUCUGUGCCCGAAGAGCUUCGCCGUCAAAACUACGCUAGAGCUACAUUUACGGACGCACACAGGAGAGAAGCCGUUCCAGUGCCCGGAGUGCCCGCUCGCCUUCACCAUAAAGUGGAACCUCAAUCGACACCAAAAAACCGCACACGAAGGCAUCCGCGAAAACGUCCCCUGUACCAUCUGCGGGCGCGUGUUGUCCACCAAGUCUGCGCUGGCGCUGCACGUGAGCACCGUGCACCACGGGCAGCCCGCGCCCAAGCGGAACCGGACCAAGCGGAGCAAGAGCGGGAACAAUCUCACAUGUUGAAUAGCCCGUGCAUCAUUUGAGCACGGUGCACCACGGACAGCCCGCGCCCAAGCGGAGCGGGACCAAGCGGAAGCCAAUUUGAAAGAAAGCUGUAGUUAAAAUAGGCUAAGUAUAAUAUAAAAUUUGUUUGAAUAAAUAAUAAUAUAAUAAAGAA